AUGAAAUCCCAGCUGCAAGUGCUUUCUUUGGAGACUUAUGUCUCUGCAGGAGAUGGGUCGUAUGUCAACUGGAACAUGAUUUUCCGUUUCUUAAUCGAUAUUCGAUACGUCUUUACUUGUUAUCCAUGCUAUGUGAAAGUAUUCACCAUGGAUAGCAUUGUGUUGUUAGCUUUUGAUGUGGGGCCAACUACAUGUCGAUCGUUUACAUGA